UUGAGUUCCAAGCGUCGUUCACUGCAGUAGCCAUCUAGAAAUCGUGCGGAACCAGUCAGUCUAGGAAGUUCAAACCGAUACUACGCCGUCUACUACAAUCCGAUUCGAUCCGAUCCGGUCCGACCUCGUCUUCGCAACUGCCAUCACAAGCUAGACAAGGGCACACGCAGAGUGCAGCUUUUUGGAUUUAGCCGAUGUUGAUCACGAUAUUAGGCACUCUGGCUGCUUUUCUCGCAUUCCUCUUGACAUUGAUCUUUGGCCGCGGCCAGAAAAGAUCCAUACCCGUCCAAUCGUCUGCAGCAACAUCCGCCACGACAGCAACAACUGGCGACAGCGACAACGGCAACACCAAUCACAACUCCAGCGUGAUUGCAGCUACAGCAACAGCAACAACCACCAGCAGCAAGCCUCCCAUUGCUCCAGCAGCACCUCCUUCGGCGGUUAAGGCGGGUGACAAGCGAUUCCCCAAGGCGUGCAUCAAGAAGGUCCAGUUCUCCAGCGAGAGCCUCCGGUCCGACGUGGAGGAGCUGUGCGACCAGCUGAAGGAUAGCGCACUCAGCAACCUAAACAACGACAACAUCCGCAUCGCCUGCCACCAGAACAACAACAACAGCAGCAUCAACAAGAACCAGAACAACAACAGCAUCGACAUCAGCAUCAGCAUCAACAAGAUGAGCGAAACAAAUGAGUCCAAUGACACGGCCGCCCAAACCGCCGAGGGUGAGCGACCCAGCUUUUUGGUGGGCGAUGAGAUCGACGAGCGGGCCGCCGAGGCGGGCGAGGCUUGCGACGAGUUCCCCCAGAAGAUGCAGAGCGAUGUCCGCCAGAAUGGGGAUAUUUCCGAGCGGCGCAAGCGGUUAAGGCCGAGUAUGUCGCGUGGCACAGGGCUGGGCCAGGACCGGCACCAGGAUCGCGACUUCCACAUCGCCACCACCGAGGAGUUCGUGAAGCGCUUCGGCGGCACCCGAGUGAUCAACAAGGUCCUGAUUGCCAACAACGGUAUCGCGGCCGUCAAGUGCAUGCGAUCCAUCCGGAGAUGGGCGUACGAAAUGUUCAAGAACGAGCGAGCCAUCAGGUUUGUGGUGAUGGUCACUCCGGAGGAUCUGAAGGCGAAUGCCGAAUACAUUAAGAUGGCGGAUCACUAUGUGCCCGUGCCCGGCGGAUCGAACAACAACAACUACGCCAAUGUCGAGCUCAUCGUGGACAUUGCUCUUCGCACCCAAGUGCAGGCCGUGUGGGCUGGUUGGGGUCAUGCCUCCGAGAACCCGAAGCUGCCUGAGCUGCUCCACAAAGAGGGUCUGGUGUUCCUUGGCCCUCCGGAACGUGCCAUGUGGGCGCUUGGCGACAAGGUGGCCUCCUCGAUUGUGGCCCAAACUGCCGAAAUUCCCACCCUGCCGUGGUCCGGAUCGGACCUGAAGGCCCAGUACAGUGGCAAGAAGAUCAAAAUUUCCAGUGAGCUCUUCGCCCGCGGCUGUGUGACCAAUGUGGAACAGGGUCUGGCUGCAGUUAACAAGAUUGGCUUCCCCGUAAUGAUCAAGGCCUCGGAAGGAGGUGGUGGCAAGGGUAUUCGCCGCGUGGACACCACUGAGGAGUUCCCCGCCCUGUUCCGCCAGGUGCAAGCUGAGGUGCCCGGCUCACCAAUUUUCGUGAUGAAGCUGGCACGCGGAGCCCGCCACUUGGAGGUGCAACUGCUGGCGGAUCAGUACGGCAAUGCCAUUAGCUUGUUCGGCCGUGACUGCUCCAUCCAGCGUCGUCAUCAGAAAAUUAUUGAGGAAGCUCCUGCCAUCGUGGCCCAGCCAGAGGUGUUCGAGGACAUGGAGAAGGCCGCCGUGCGGCUCGCCAAGAUGGUGGGUUACGUCAGCGCGGGAACUGUGGAGUAUCUAUAUGAUCCGGAGGGUCGCUACUUCUUCCUGGAGCUGAACCCCCGUCUGCAGGUGGAGCAUCCGUGUACGGAGAUGGUGGCCGAUGUGAAUCUUCCCGCUGCUCAGCUGCAGAUUGGAAUGGGAAUUCCCCUUUACCGGCUCAAGGACAUCCGUCUGUUGUACGGAGAGUCUCCGUGGGGCUCCUCAGUCAUUGACUUCGAAAAUCCACCGAACAAACCGCGUCCCUCCGGACAUGUUAUCGCUGCUCGUAUCACCUCGGAGAACCCCGACGAGGGCUUUAAGCCCAGUUCUGGAACCGUUCAGGAGCUUAACUUCCGGUCGAGCAAAAAUGUGUGGGGCUACUUCAGUGUGGCUGCCAGUGGAGGAUUGCACGAGUUCGCGGACUCACAGUUUGGGCAUUGUUUCUCCUGGGGCGAGAAUCGUCAGCAGGCUCGAGAGAACCUGGUGAUUGCCCUGAAGGAGCUGUCCAUUCGAGGUGAUUUCCGAACGACGGUGGAGUACCUGAUCACUCUGCUGGAAACGAAUCGGUUCCUCGACAACAGCAUCGACACCGCCUGGCUAGAUGCCUUGAUCGCAGAGCGUGUGCAAUCCGAGAAGCCUGAUAUCCUGUUGGGCGUAAUGUGCGGAUCGCUGCAUAUCGCAGAUCGUCAAAUCACUGAGAGCUUCUCCAGCUUCCAGACCUCUCUGGAGAAAGGUCAGAUCCAAGCAGCGAACACGCUAACGAACGUGGUGGAUGUGGAGCUAAUCAACGAUGGCAUCCGUUACAAGGUGCAGGCCGCCAAGAGCGGAGCCAACUCGUACUUCCUGCUGAUGAACAGCUCGUUCAAGGAGAUCGAGGUGCACCGCCUCUCCGACGGAGGUUUGCUCAUCUCUUUGGAGGGCGCCUCCUACACCACGUACAUGAAGGAAGAGGUGGAUCGCUACCGCAUUGUGAUUGGCAACCAGACAUGUGUCUUCGAAAAGGAGAACGAUCCAUCGCUGCUGCGCAGUCCGUCUGCGGGAAAGCUCAUCAACAUGAUUGUGGAAGAUGGCGCACAUGUAAGCAAGGGCCAGGCCUUUGCUGAGAUUGAGGUGAUGAAGAUGGUGAUGACCCUGACGUCCCAGGAGGCAGGCACAGUAACGUUUGUGCGUCGACCAGGAGCUGUUCUGGAUGCAGGAUCCCUUUUGGGCCACUUGGAGCUGGACGAUCCAUCGCUGGUGACGAAAGCACAGCCCUUCAAGGGUCAGUUCCUGCAGCCAGAGAAUGCACCGGUGCCGGAGAAACUAAACAGGGUGCACAAUACUUACAAGAGCAUCCUUGAAAACACACUGUCUGGUUACUGCCUGCCGGAACCUUUCAAUGCGCAGAGACUGAGGGACAUUAUCGAGAAAUUUAUGCAAAGCUUGCGGGAUCCCUCGUUGCCGCUGUUGGAGCUGCAAGAAGUUAUCGCCUCCAUCUCAGGCCGCAUACCCAUAUCCGUGGAGAAGAAGAUCCGGAAACUGAUGACGCUGUACGAGCGAAACAUAACUAGUGUGCUGGCCCAAUUCCCCUCGCAGCAGAUCGCCAGUGUUAUUGACAGCCAUGCGGCCACGCUGCAGAAGCGCGCUGACCGAGAUGUCUUCUUCCUGACCACCCAGAGCAUUGUGCAGCUGGUGCAGCGGUAUAGGAACGGAAUCCGCGGCAGGAUGAAGGCCGCCGUUCAUGAGCUACUGCGUCAGUACUACGAUGUAGAGUCGCAGUUCCAGUAUGGACACUACGACAAAUGCGUGGGACUGGUGCGAGAGCACAACAAGGACGACAUGCAGACGGUGGUCAACACCAUCUUCUCGCACUCUCAGGUGGCCAAAAAGAAUCUGCUGGUCACUCUGCUCAUUGAUCACCUGUGGGCCAACGAACCUGGACUAACGGACGAAUUGGCCAACACGCUGAGUGAAUUGACCUCCUUGAAUCGAGCUGAGCACUCUAGGGUUGCUCUGCGCUCCCGCCAAGUUCUUAUCGCUGCCCACCAGCCGGCCUAUGAGCUGCGCCACAACCAAAUGGAGUCGAUCUUCCUCUCCGCCGUUGACAUGUACGGUCAUGACUUCCACCCCGAGAACCUGCAGCGCCUGAUUCUGUCGGAGACCUCAAUCUUUGACAUUCUGCACGACUUCUUCUACCACUCUAACCGGGCAGUGUGCAAUGCUGCUCUGGAAGUCUAUGUGAGGAGAGCUUACACAUCCUAUGAGCUGACCUGCUUGCAGCAUUUGGAACUCUCCGGUGGCCUGCCGCUGGUGCAUUUCCAGUUCCUCCUCCCCACAGCUCACCCGAACAGGCUGUUCUCGCGCAUGUCCUCCCCCGAUGGAUUGGAUCAGGCAGCGGCAGAGUCCUUGGGAAACUCAUUCGUGCGCACCGGAGCGAUAGCAGCCUUUGACUCCUUCGAACACUUUGAGAUGUACUCGGACGAGAUUCUGGAUCUGCUCGAAGACUUCGUCUCGCCAGCCAUGGUUAAUGCCAAGGUCCUGGAAGCCGUAGAUGCAGCGGAUUCCAUCUCGGACAGCCGACACAGCACCUCGAUCAAUGUGUCCUUGUCGGAUCCCGUAACCCGGGCGAAUGCUGCCGAGGAGGCCAAGUCCACCGAACCGAUUCACAUUGUUAGUGUGGCUGUGAGAGAAACGGGCGAGCUGGAUGACCUGCAAAUGGCCCAGAUCUUUGGAAAUUAUUGCCAAGAGCAUAACGAGGAGCUCUUCCAGCGACGCAUUCGUAGGAUUACAUUUGCUGCUCUGAAGAAGCGUCAAUUCCCCAAGUUCUUCACGUUCAGAGCCAGGGAUAAGUUCACGGAGGAUCGUAUUUACCGGCAUCUGGAGCCAGCAUCUGCUUUCCAUCUGGAGCUGAACCGCAUGAAGACGUACGAUCUGGAGGCUCUGCCCACGGCUAACCAGAAGAUGCACCUGUACCUUGGCAAGGCCAAGGUGUCGAAAGGUCAAGAGGUCACGGACUACCGCUUCUUCAUUCGCUCGAUCAUCCGUCAUUCAGAUCUGAUUACCAAGGAAGCCUCUUUCGAGUAUCUGCAAAACGAAGGAGAGCGCGUGCUCCUGGAGGCCAUGGAUGAGCUGGAGGUGGCAUUCUCGCAUCCGCACGCCAAGCGCACCGACUGCAACCACAUCUUCCUGAACUUUGUGCCCACCGUCAUCAUGGAUCCGGCUAAGAUCGAGGAGUCUGUGACAAAGAUGAUUAUGCGAUAUGGUCCGCGUCUGUGGAAGCUGCGUGUACUGCAGGCUGAGCUCAAGAUGGUCAUCCGCCAGUCACCACAGUCACCCACUCAGGCAGUGCGUCUGUGCAUUGCAAAUGACUCCGGCUACUUCCUGGAUAUUUCGAUGUACACCGAGCAAACAGAACCAGAGACAGGAAUCAUUAAGUUCAAGGCCUACGGUGAGAAGCAGGGAUCUCUGCACGGACAUCCCAUUUCCACGCCCUACAUGACCAAGGACUUCCUGCAGCAGAAACGUUUCCAGGCGCAGUCCAACGGUACCACCUAUGUCUAUGAUGUGCCCGACAUGUUCCGCCAGAUGACCGAGCGUCACUGGAGAGAAUUCUCCAAGGCUCGUCCCACCGUGGACAUUCGCACUCCGGACAAGAUUUUGAUCGAGUGCAAGGAGCUGGUCCUCGAGGGCGACAACCUUGUAGAGAUGCAGCGUCUGCCCGGCGAGAACAAUUGCGGCAUGGUGGCUUGGCGCAUUGUCUUGGCUACUCCCGAAUAUCCGAAUGGCCGUGAGAUCAUUGUUAUAGCCAACGAUCUCACCUACUUGAUUGGUUCCUUUGGAAUUAAGGAGGACGUUCUGUUUGCCAAGGCUUCCCAAUUGGCUCGCCAACUCAAAGUACCGAGGAUAUACAUCUCCGUGAACAGCGGUGCCCGCAUCGGACUUGCUGAGGAGGUUAAAGCUAUGUUCAAGAUCGCAUGGGAGGAUCCAGAAGAGCCAGAUAAGGGUUUCAAGUACCUUUACUUGAGCACCGAGGACUAUGCUCAGGUGGCCAACCUGAACUCGGUGAGGGCUAUCCUGAUCGAGGACGAGGGCGAGCAGCGUUACAAGAUUACCGACAUCAUCGGCAAGGACGAUGGCCUGGGCGUGGAGAACCUGCGCUACGCUGGCUUGAUUGCCGGUGAAACGUCGCAGGCCUACGAGGAGAUUGUUACCAUCGCUAUGGUUACCUGCCGCACCAUUGGCAUUGGAUCCUAUGUGGUGCGCCUGGGUCAGCGCGUUAUCCAGAUCGAUAAUUCGCACAUUAUACUCACUGGCUAUGCUGCGCUCAACAAGCUGCUUGGACGCAAGGUGUAUGCCUCUAAUAAUCAGUUGGGUGGCACACAGAUCAUGUUUAACAACGGAGUCACCCACAAAACAGAGGCCAUCGACUUGGACGGUGUCUACACCAUCCUCGACUGGCUCUCGUACAUCCCCGCAUACAUCGGUUGUGACCUGCCCAUCGUUUUGCCCAGCGAUCGCAUCGAACGCCCUGUGGACUUCAUGCCCACCAAGUCGCCCUACGAUCCGCGCUGGAUGCUAGGCGGCCGUGUGAAUCCUGUGAACGCGAAUGACUGGGAGAAUGGAUUCUUUGAUCGGGACUCGUGGAGCGAAAUCAUGGCCUCGUGGGCCAAGACGGUGGUCACUGGUCGCGCCCGUCUAGGCGGUGUCCCCGUGGGUGUAAUAGCCGUUGAGACCCGCACCGUAGAAGUGGAGAUGCCCGCCGAUCCUGCCAAUCUCGAUUCGGAAGCCAAGACCCUGCAGCAGGCAGGUCAGGUGUGGUACCCCGACUCAUCGUACAAAACGGCACAAGCAAUCAAAGAUUUUGGACGAGAGGAGUUGCCGCUUAUUGUUUUCGCAAAUUGGCGAGGCUUCUCCGGCGGCAUGAAGGACAUGUACGAGCAAAUCGUCAAGUUCGGAGCAUACAUUGUCGACGGCCUGCGGGAGUACAAGAAGCCUGUGCUCAUCUAUCUGCCGCCCAACGCCGAGCUGCGAGGUGGAGCCUGGGCCGUGCUGGAUUCCCUCAUUAACCCGCGCUACAUGGAAACGUAUGCCGAUCCGGAGGCCAGAGGAGGUGUUCUCGAGCCGGAGGGCAUUGUGGAAAUAAAGUACAAAGAGAAGGAUCUGAUCAAGACGAUUCACCGCUUGGAUCCGACCACCAUUGGGCUGAAAAAGGAGCUCGAUGAGGCAAAUGCGUCUGGCGACAAGGUCAGGGCUGCUCAGGUGGACGAAAAGAUCAAGGCCCGCAUCGCUGUGCUUAUGCACGUCUACCACACGGUAGCAGUUCACUUUGCCGACCUGCACGACACGCCAGAGCGAAUGCUAGAGAAGGAGUGUAUCAGUGAGAUUGUGCCUUGGCGCGAUUCCCGCCGCUGGCUGUACUGGCGUCUGCGACGUCUCCUGUUGGAGGACGCGUAUAUUAAGAAGAUCCUGCGCGCUCAGGACAAUCUCUCCGUGGGUCAGGCCAAGCAGAUGCUGCGUCGCUGGCUGGUAGAGGAGAAGGGUGCCACAGAGGCUUAUCUGUGGGACAAAAACGAGGAAAUGGUGUCUUGGUAUGAGGAGCAGAUCAAUGCCGAAUCUAUUGUUUCUCGCAACGUUAACUCCGUGAGACGGGAUGCCAUUAUUUCUACCAUUUCGAAAAUGCUCGAGGACUGUCCCGACGUAGCGCUGGACGCUGUAGUGGGUCUUUGCCAAGGUCUGACGCCCGUGAAUCGUGGCGUCGUCGUACGCACACUAGCCCAGAUGCAGCUGAAUGAGGAGACCUCUAACAGCAACCAGGGAUGAUUCUACGCUAUGUUCUAAGUUCUUUUUAGGCCCUCUAUUUCAUCCUUCCCGUUCCCGCCACAUUUCACCACAUUUCUGAGUCCCGCUUUGCGCUUGUAAGAUAUCGCAAGGCGUGCAUGAUGUGCAUUUUGUUUAGUUAAAUUUGUUUAAAAGUAAUUAGCGUAAAUCUAGCUAUGUAUUGGAGUUGUAGGCAUGGGUUAAUUUGUUGCCUAAGUGGCCCGAUAAACUAGUUGUAACGUGUACAUAUUUGAUUAUGUAUAUCCCCUGAAUACAGAUCAUUCCAUUAGUUGUCUAAGAACUAAAGUCCUUUGUACACAGAGCUUUUUGAAUUAUACGAGUUACUGAAAAAAAUAUAUGUAUGGUACACUA